AUGGAGAAACAAUUCAGUUCCCUCUCUGUCGACGACCGCAAGCUCGUUAUCGGCAUCGAUUUCGGGACGACCUUUACUGGCGUCGCGUGGGCAGAGACCAGACGGGCUGAUCACAUUUCCGUUAUCGAAUCAUGGCCCUCCCACGCCGGUACGCAAGAAGGCAUCAGCAGCGUCAAAGUGCCUACAGAGCUACGAUACACCAAAGACUCCGGCGGCGAGAACGUGGAAUGGGGAUUCCAAAUCCCUGCAUUGGUCGACCGAUACCAGUGGUUUAAACUCGGUCUCGACGAAAGCAACCCUCUGGUCUCAACUAAAAGCUGGGGCGACAAGACCCCUGAAAAGCUAACAGAGGACUAUCUUUCAGCGCUGUACAAGCAAAUUAUGUACACGCUCGAACAGAAACUCGGGGCCGCGCUCCUCCGCACUAUCCCGCUUGAGUUCUCGCUCACCGUCCCUGCAAUUUGGACCGAGGCUGCAAAGGAUAAAACACUCAAAGCUUGCCAGAAGGCCGGAUUUAUCAAGAACAAUGAAGAUAUCUCGCUUGUAUCAGAGCCAGAAGCAGCCGCAAUCUACGCAAUCCAAGGGCUAGACCCUCACGGGCUCAAAGUUGGCGACAGCUUCGUCCUCUGCGAUGCCGGCGGCGGCACAGUCGACUUGAUUUCGUACAAGAUUAUCGCGUUGACGCCGAUAUUGCAGGUUGAGGAGGUCACGACGGGGACUGGCGGGCCUUGUGGUUCGACAUUCCUGAAUAGGCGGUUUGCGGAUACGCUCACGCGCAAGCUCGGGAGGGAAGACGGAUGGGAUGAUGAAGUUCUACAGGAGGCGAUGGAGAGGUUUGAUUCUGUUAUCAAAAAGCAGUACUCACCAACCAUCGACGGCAACCAAGGCUACGUAAUCCCCGUCCCAGGGCUAGCCAACAACGCUGAACUCAACAUCCGGCGCGGAAAGGUCACGCUCUCGCCGCAAGAGAUGUACGAGAUCUUCGAGCCAGUGGUUCUCAAGGUCAUCAAGUAUGUACAGGACCAAAUUGCCGCGUGCGGGGAAACCGAGAUCCGCGCUGUCCUGUUGGUUGGUGGGUUCGGACAGAACAGCUACCUGAAGGAGCGGUGCCGCGAUGCUCUGAAGAGCGUGGAGGUUCUGCAGCCGCCAAAUGCGUGGACGGCUGUUGUGCGGGGCGCGGUGAUGAUGGGGUUGGCGAGGACAAAUGCCCUCCGGACGGUGGAUGUGGUUAGUAGGAAGGCCCGGAAGCAUUAUGGGGUUCAGCUGCAUACGCCAUUCAAGGAGGGUAAGCAUGAUGAAAGCAAGAAAUACUGGUGCGCCCGCCUCGGCCACUACCGCACACAUGCAAUGUUCUGGUUCCUGAACAAAGGCCAAACGAUCGAAGAAAACAAGCCAAUUCCAAUCGACUUCUUCCAAGACUUCGCUGUUAGCAAUGGCAAGCCGCAGAUGAUGUACACGGAAGUCUUUGCGAAUGCCGAGGACGAUGAUGCGCCUAUCCACAAAGGGCCCGGCACAAAGUCACUGGUGACACUCAAGGCGAACCUCUCGGUCAUUCCGCAGACGGAUUUGGAAAAGACGAUCCGCCGCCGAGCGGACGGGAAGAAUUAUUACAAUAUCGAUGCGGUGAUUGAGGCGACUUAUUCGUCGGCGGAGACGCGGUAUGUGCUGUCUGUACAGGGGAAGAAGUAUGAUUCGGUUAGUGCGGAGUACGCAUAUUAG